AUGCACUAUCAAACAGAAUACUACAAGUUCGAAUCUGAAAAAUGGAAAGUUUAUACAAUUGCAGCAAACAAAAAGAAACAAAUUGAACCAAUGGAUACCAUAAUAGAAGUUAACGAAAGUUUACCAGUAGCUAGACCAUCACCAACAGGUCUAGCAAGGCCACCAGCAGCAUUAGAGUUAACGGAAUUUUCAGAGUUCUUUGAUGAAUGGUUAUCUGAACCGACACCAGGUCAAAAAAGGAAAUUAGGACAUCGACGAGAUGAUCCACCAACACCGCCAUCUCCACGACAACCCCCACCAAUCAUCCCUAGAAAGAUAUUACCACCAAGAAAUCCUAAUAUACCAUUAGUUGGAGGCUCCCUUCAGACAUCUCCAAUUUCAAUUGAUAUAGAAAAUAAGAUUAGUCGUAAACAACAACAUUCUUUCAAUUCACUUUUACCCAUUGAACAACAAAAAAAUCAAAAUGAACAACAAACGAUAAAAACACCAAAUAUAGUUGUAUUACCAGAAAGUGAACCAUCAAUGAUAAUAUCGCCUAUCCGAAGUUCUACGCCAGAACCAAUAAUAAAAUCACCAUCAGUUAUACCCAAAAAUUCUGUAACACCAUAUAGUUCAUUUAAAUUUUCGAUCAUUCCUAUUGAAUAUAAAUAUUAUUUUAAACAAAUGAGAAAAAAAUGCACAUUUGAAACAAUAAAAGCACAUCAAGAAUUUCUUGAAAAUAAAUACAAAACAUUAGAGAACGAGAGAGAAAAUAAGUUACAUCUAUCAUUUCCAGAACAAAUGCGGACACAAGUAGUCUCCUUCGUGAAGAAAAUUCUUGAAAAAACACUUGAAAAUAAAAAGAAUAAUGAUCAGAAACAAUUAGAUAAUCUCCUGCUGAAUCAAACGAGAGAAAAAGCAAUACGAGAAAUUAAUGAUAUAGCAACAGAGUCUGAACAACAAUGCAUACAGGCAUUACAUGAAAAAUUUACGAGAACACUCGAUUUGAAAUUACAACUUGACAAACUAGAAAUGAGAUUCACAGAGAAUAUGCCACCACCAUCUUUAAAUAUAUUUGAUAAAUUACAAUUACAUGCAAAAGGACUAAAAUCAGAUGACAAAUCUUUGACUUCACUACGUGAACAAUGGAAAAAUGUCCUUCGGAAAACAAAAUUAGACUUGACUACAUUGAUGAGACAGGCUAAAGUAGUUGAAUUAGAACAGGCAAAGAAAGAAUAUGAAGAACUAAUACAAAAACUUUUAGAUCAGGCUCGAGAACCAUAUAACAUUAUAUGCCAGGUAUCACAAACAAGACAUAAUCAAUUUGCAAAAAAGAAACUGAAUUUUUUAGCGAAAAGGGCGUGCAUAAUCAACGAAAACUAA